UGGCCUCGUGUAUCACCAGAUGACGGUGCUUUAUCAGUCGGUGCUUCAGUGUGAGUAGACCUGUCCUGAAUGGUGGAUCACGCUGUUGGUGCGCGUACAAACGCCUCCAUCGGAUUUUACGCACACGUCGGUUCAGAGAAGCAACAGGGAAACGAUCUCAGUAGCAUUUCAAACGAAAUUCAGCAACAGCAGGUGUGAAGCUUCCAGCUCGGUGAUUAUUUAUAAUUGUGAGGAAAUUAUUACUUCUGGCGACACUGUGGAUGUGGAGUGCCAAAAUGUUUCCGCAGUUUCCCUGGCGGCGCGCCUGUGCCUCGGUCUCCAAGCCAGAACUGUGGACUGUUCGCCUGCCGCUCACUCUCCAACAUUACACUGGAUUAUAACAGAGGAACCUGCUGGCGUCAUUACUGGAGGUCACUUCAUAAUUUGCGUGUGAUCUUUUAAGGAAGGCAGUGAAGGUGACAGCACUGCGCGCAGUGAUACGCAUUUUGGCACAGCACCGCACCGAGGAGCGCGCAGUGAUGCCGCAGCGGAUCCGCGUCCUGCUGCUGUUGCUGCACCUGGCUGUGGUGGUGCUGCUCGGCGGGUCGGCCGGAGCGGCCCGGGUGCGGAAGAAGGCCACCAGGACCCGGCCGUGCCUGGACCUGCCGGAGGAGAUCCUGGAGCAGAUGUUCGGGCGGCUCUCGGUGGGAGUGAUGAGCGCCUUCCACCACGCGCUGCAGCUGGAGCCGCAGGACAAACUCAACCUGACGUGCCCGACCGCCGCUCGGUCCCCGACCGACACCAAGACCCGCCUCCCGGUCAACCUGCUCAGCAUCUCCCCCUGGGCCUACAGGAUCUCCUACGACCCCUCCAGGUACCCUCGCUACAUCCCUGAGGCGUACUGCCUGUGUAAAGGCUGCCUCAUCGGCCAAUACGGUGCGGAGAGCAACCAGUACCGCAGCACCCCGGUCUACGCUCCCUCUGUCAUCCUGAAGAGAGCAGGCUCCUGCGCCGGCGGCCGCUUCUCCUACACCGAGGUGUACGUCUCCAUCGCUGUGGGAUGCACCUGUGUGCCUCUGCUGGAGAAGGAGAGGGACGGCCAGAACAGCAACCAGAGUCUGGAGAGAGUGGAGCCCAAAGCCAGACGGCUGGUGAAAUCAAGGAAGAGAGUAUGAAGGAAGCAGUGAUGUGGGGCUCCAGAGAAGUUCUUCUAAACCUGAUCCACGUUUGUUUUUUCCACUGACACUUGAAAAACCUGAGGGGAUCAUACCUGUGUGGUAGAAGCCCCUGUAACAGUCCCUAAACAAGCAUGCCCUGGAUAUUUGGGUGACAAAGGCUUUGGCUCCUGAUCUACAUCUCUGGUCAUCUCUUGGGGAAUUUAUUUCCUGGAAUCAAAGGAGGACAGUUUGUUGUCUGUUUUUGCUCUUCAAAUUUUUUGUCUUCAUUCUUGGCCUGGUUUUGAUGCCCUUUGGGCCUGAACUUGAUGUCUUGACUUAUGGUGUAUAAUGAUACAAAAUCUAGAGUUAUUGUAUCGGCAGAGAAGAGGUGACAAAUCCAGAGAAGACUAGAUAAAACUCUGAAGUACAUUAUGAUGUUUGAAGGGUUGGUUCAGUCCAAAGUGCAGAGGAUCAUAUGUGCUGUAUCGUAGGCUCAACUGUUCUUGCUUGAGUUUCCUGAAGACGUUUCAUCUCUCAUCCAAGAAGCUUCUUCAGUUCUGAUGGAGUCUUUGAGGUCACGUGAGUUGUUGACCCACCUGGCCAUCUUGUGUGUCAGUAGGGUUAGGGUCCAGGUGAGAAUGGAUGUUAAGCAGGGGUGUGCCCCAUCAUCUCGUUCACGAUCUCGUUCAUAUUGUGAUCCUCGCCAUAUUUCAGGUUGUUGAUAUAUUGACGUCAUACUGUUACCCACGGCAACAACAAGCAUGGCUGAAAGUGAAAUUAUUACAGACUCUGCGGUGGUUCCAAAAAGAGGAGCAAAUAAACUGUGGCGUCCUGAAUGUUUUAUGAACAGCCCCGGACUUCUCAGACUCUUUUAGUGACUUACCGCUCAGAGGGAACUCAUUCAGCAGCUCCUCUGGCGGCAGCACAGCAUCUCUCUCGACAAAAACUCCACAUAUGUGAAUGUAUGAUAGUUGUGGUAUCAUAACAGCCUGUCACAGGUUACAGCGUGAUGAUUUGAGGAGAAAUGGCAGAGCAUGAAGGUCCAGGUGGAAAAAAACACAUCUCAGUCAAUCACCUCUUGAUUUAUUUAUAUAGAUCCCAGGGGACAGUUUUUGUAUUUGGGAGCUGUUUAAAUGUGUAAUUUGUGGUAGAUUUUAUUUUGUUGAGCUACUAAUAUUGUAACAGAAUCUGAAUCUCACUUUGGGUUACUGUUGUUGUUCACAAACUAAAGAAAUGAGAGAUCAUUUUAGUUGCUGAUGGCUUUUCCCACCUCUUUCAAACCAUGUUUCUUCUCUGGCCAAGAUGCGCACAUUGCUGUCCUCGAAGCAGUGUCCCUUCUUCUUAAGAUGUAAAUGGACAGCUGAGUCUUGACCUGAUGAACUGGCUCUCCUGUGUUGUGCCAUGUGCUUCUGGAGUGGUUGUUUCGUUUCACCAAAGUUUCACUUGACUCACGUGUGACCUCAACAACUCUGUAAGGGUUCGCACCCACACAGAGGUUAAAGCCUGCAAGUCUGCACCAGUCCGUUAGAACUGAAGAAGCUUCUUGGAUGAGAAGCAAAACGUCUCCAAGAAACUCAAGCAAGUCCAGUUGCCAAAGAUGUAGCACUUAAGAUUACCAUGUUCUGGUAAUCUGAGAAUCUUCGCAGACAAAGUGCAGAUGACAUAUUUCACUUAUCUCUUGUAUCUUGUUGUGCACAUAAUUUGGGUUUUAUUUGCUCUGGUUUUGAGAAAUGGAAGCAUAAAUCAUCUCAAAUUGGACAACUGAAACCACAACUAUCUGCAUGGAUAGAUACAAGCAGAAAUAAAUUAGGACCUGUAUAUUUGUAAUGUGGGUGGACAAACUCUUUCAUAAUGAAAGCAAACAUUUGACCAAUGGAAUAAAAUGCAGACCAGAUCAAUGCUGCCACCUGCUGCUGUAAAAUGCAACUGCAAGUACUUUUGACAACUGGAUAUCGUGACACACUGUAAUAACAAUUUGUCAUCAAUUAUACAAAAAAAAGUAGCCUUUGUAGAUUAAUGGGGGUAAGUAAAUAAACAUUUCUAU